UUGGAUUUCAAAGAGCUUUGUCUCUCCACCCAUUUACUCGUUUCCAUUGACAGCCUCCUUGUCAUGGCGUCUGCCAAAUUGCUGGGAAAGCUACAGGCAGAUCAAAAUGCCAUUACUCAAAUGGCCGAGCUGCAUGCCAAACAAGGAGCCACCGUCCAUACGUAUUCCCGAAGACCUGUCGGAGAACCCCAUCGUUGGCUUGCUCAUCGACGGUCUCAACAGCAAUCGACAUUUAGCGGAAACAAUGAGGAACUGUCCAAACGAGACGAAGCAGACAUUAUCCGUCGCCACGAAAACGACCCAGCUUCGCUUGUUCUUCAUUUAUAUCCGACGUACUUUAAAUUCGAACAUGAAGAUGGCUUCUUUUCUUACAAGAGUCAAUUCAAGGACUUUUUAGCUUCCAUCAAAGACAAACGAUUGCCACCCGAUUUGAUGGAUGUAUUCAACGAAGCGUCUUGUCGCUACUAUGAAGGGUGCCUGAUUGUGGAAAUCCAUGACCAUCGUAAAGCGAGGAACAACUACCAUAAUGCGACGAAUGACGAAGCCAGUGCCGAUGUCGAGAUUAAACGAAUUGUAAUGCAACCGACUGCUGAAAGUAUUUGGACCGAUAUUAGCUUACUCAGUGAAGAAUGGGGGUUUCCCUGGACCGAGCAAGUAGCCCUGCAAGUAGAAGCCGAAAUCUUGUUGGCGACAGAGGAGCCUUUAUGUCUCGAUCCUUCUAUUCAAGUAGCACGGGUCAGCAAUGCCAUUGAGUUUACUACGAGUGAUCGUAAACCCAAAAAGAAACCAAAAUGGAAUUCUCUGGAGCGAGAGCAAAAGUUGGCCAAGAAGGCGGAAAAUAACAGAAUUAUGACUAUCAUGGAUUCGCGUGGCAAGCGUCCUUUCCCGUUCGAGCCCAGUUUUGGAAAGAUUUCGUUUGUACAAGAAUGGCGAUCCAAGAAACAAAAGUUGAUGGCCGAACCUAUUCCUUCCGUGGAAAUGAAAAAAGGCAAAGGACGCAAAGUCUUGGGCGAACCUAUUUUAUUGCCAGAUGGACGCAAAUGUGUACGAACCAUACGAUUUGAACGAUCCGAGGGGACCCGAAAAAUAUAUACCCUUGUCAAUCUCUAUAUUCUCAAUGGAGAAUACGACGGCGUGUUUCGCUGGGGCACGGCUUUUGAUACGAGUUUGAAUGGAGGAAACAUUGAUUUCAGGGUCGGACCAGAAUACCUGAUGGAGACGUAUGUUGUUCAUCUUAAAACCAUGUAUGGCCGAUUCAAUACAUUAGUCUGUGACAACAACCUAGCCAAUCCUGUUCCUCGUUCCCCUUCGGUUGCGGCUCGAUUGGCGGCCGCCGCAGCGGCUCAACAACAGCAAAUGAAUUUCCAGUUGCAAGCACAGAAUCUACAACAGCAUCUUCAGGCCCAACAAGCAAGGGCCAUGCAGCAAGGAAAACCCAUGACAGCUCAUCAACGCGCGUUGCUCACUCAAGCUCAGGCUCAGGCCCAAAGCCAGGCAUUAGCCCAAGCCCAGGCUCAAGCACAAGCACAAGCACAAAUGCAGCCAGGCGUAACACAAGCCCAAGCGCAAAUGCAACCACAAGUUCAGGCACAAACCACUCCUCAAACACAAGCACAGUCACAAGCACAAGCCCAAGCCCAAGCUCAGGCACAGGCUCAAGCUCAAGCUCAAGCUCAGGCUCAAGCCCAGGCGCAAGCGCAAGCCCAGGCGCAAGCUCAAGCACAAGCUCAAGCUCAGGCGCAAGCUCAGGCGCAAGCUCAGGCACAGGCUCAAGCUCAAGCUCAGGCCCAGGCUCAGGCUCAGGCUCAUAUGCAACAAAUGCAACAAGCUCAAGUACAAUCGCAGUCGCGAACAUCCACGCCUUCUCAACCCCAGCUUGGAACGCCCACCCCGCCGCACGCUCAAACUCCAGCACAGGCUGCUGCAACGUUACCACGUCAACAGCUUGCUCUUCCUGGCAAUGCUACCAUGAAACUUCCCACGACGACGCAAGCUCCAGGUCAACUGUCUGCUCAACAUAUGGCUGCAUUGCAACAACCUACCACCAUGUCACUCUCGCUUCCUCCACGCGCCAUGAACCCCAUGGCUCACAUACCUACCAGUGGCGCUCCCAACCAAGGUGUACCUACCUCCAAUCCAUUGCAUGCCAUGAAUACAGCUGGCGUAGCUCCAGGCACCGCGAAUCCCUUGUCCAAUAUACAACAAGCAGCUCUUGCCAAUGCUCUUGGUCUGGGUGGACAGCAAACGGUAUCACCUCAAGCCUCACUUCAACGUAUUCAACAGUUGGUGGCGACAGGGGCUAUACCAUUAGCUACUGCACAACAACUUGUAAGCCAACUCGCCGCUUCAAGCAAUAUUGGUCUGCUGCAAAGACAGCAAUUGGCUGCUUUACAACAACAGCAACAGCAGCAGCAACAACAGCAGCAACAGCAGCAAGCAUCCCAACAGCAACAAACGCAACAAUCACAGGGCCAACAACCUCCAACGCCGCAGCAACAACAUCAACAACCCCAAACCCCUCAACAAUCACUGAUGAACACUCAACAAUCUCCUGUGCAACAAAGAAUGAAUGCCAACAUGCAGUUACCGCAAGGCACGCCACAAUUGUCGGGAGGUCAACCAGUCAAUACUGCUGCAUCACAGUUGUUCUCGCAACUUACUCCUCAACAUCAACAACAAUUGACACAUGUGAUGAUGCGACGUAAUCAACUGAUGGCGGCCGCGGCUCAGCGAGUAAUCAGCCAGGAGCAGUUGCAACAGUAUCUACAACAACUUCACCAAAUACAGCAGGGCAUUCUCCAACAAUACCCACAACACGCGCAACAGGUGCAACAAGCACAACAACAACAAGGUCAACAAGGCCAUCAAGCACAGAUGCCGCAAGCUCAAGCACAGAUGCCGCAAGCUCAAGCUCAAGCACAGGCACAGGCUCAAGCUCAAGCACAGGCUCAAGCACAGGCUCAAGCACAAGCUCAAGCUCAAGCACGGGCGCAGGCUCAAGCACAGGCUCAAGCCCAAGCUCAAGCACAGGCCCAAGCACAGGCCCAAGCACAAGCACAAGCACAGAUGAAUCGAACGCCUCAAGUCCAAGCGCAGCAAUUACCCAAUCAGCAAACCAUGGGUGGUGUACCAGGGGCUGGCUUAAAUCUUGGAUUGAGUGCACAACAAGCACAUAUGUUACGGCAACUCAUGCUUCAACGAACUCAAAAUGCAGCGAGAGGUCGAGGUCGAGGGCAGGUUCCAUUGACGCCUCAGCAAAUGGCAGCAAUACAGGCGAUGCGUCAAAAUAGCGGGGCGUUAAGGCAAGGCGCGAGUCUUCAAGAUAUGAACAGCCUCAAUAUGAUGGCGGGAUUGAAUCGCGAACGGAUUGCCGCGGCUGCCGCGGCUGCGGCCGCAGGCAAUAACGCUGGUCUUUUAGGUACACAACAACCGCAGCAGGGAUUGCAACAAUUUCAAAUGAAUUUACAAUUUCAACAACAACAAGCGGCCGCCGCCGCCGCUGCCGCACAGCAACAACAACAACAACAACAACAACAACAACGAGGAAUGAUGGGAAUGCAGCAAUCACAAGGAAAUCCCAAUUUAGGUCCUGGUGAAACACCUUCUCAACCCAAUUGAUCCAUGCACUCGUUUUCUCAAUGUUCUCUUCUCCACAAAUGAUCUUUCUCAUCCCUCUUUCCUUAUUUAUCCAUCAAUCCCAACCUUGAAUUUUUAUUUUUAUUUUUCCUGUCAUCCUGUCGCAUCACUUUUUUUCUCUUUUAAUACAACUACUACUCUGAAUACAUAUCUCUAUUUUGUGUACUCUCUUUCUUUUUUUUUCCUUCUGAAAAAACUGAACAAUACACUCAUGACUACUUUUUUUUUCUUUACGUACACAAAAUGCAUCGUGAUGGGCGACCCUUUUUUCUGACUUUUUGAGUUUGAAUUAGGAAGUAUUUUGGCCAAAUUUGGUAAUUGUUUUCCCAAUGCAUUAUUUUAACUCAUUUCUUUUCUA